UUCUUCUCCUUACAAGAGCAGAGGCGCAAAAGUAUCCUUAUAGAGAGAUCCUUGUGCGGAGCCCCAAUGGCCGAAACUAUCUACUUCGAAAUUGGAUGUGAAUAUUUAGACUUUUGAGUUUUGAGUCUUAAAAGAGGGAGAAAUGCAGAGCACAUACAUAUCCUGGGUUCCUGCAGUGUCUCCUCCACCUCUCAGCCUCUCUAAUUCAAAGCCCAGGCUAUCUACUGCUUCGCCAAAUCAACCUCAAACCCAAAAAAUCUCUCAGUAUCGUUAUUAUAAUAGUGAUGGGGAUAUUGAUAAUCCUGCAGAGGUGAAGUUUACAUUACCAGCCCAUGUAAAAUCCAUAACAAGUACUUCAAACCCAUUUGUGAAGCACUGUGUCAAGCUCCGUAAGAGCUCCUCUUAUCGCCAUUUCCAUGGUUCAGCUAUUGUUGUGGGUACUACACCUAUCAGGGAGAUAUACGACUUUCAGAAGUCAUCAGAAGAGAGGACUGUUGAGAUGGAGUGUCUAAUUCUUCUUGAUAAAGCUAAGAUCCCUGAAGGAUUUGAUGAUUCCUCUACUCGUACUUUGCGUGUGAGCGCUUUGGUGAUGAAAAGACUUUCACAGUUGCAAUCUACUGAAUCUACUGAAGCAAUUGCCCUGAUGAGAUUUCCUACCAGCUACUUUGUUGUAGGUAAUCAUCAAAAAGAUGCAGAUUGUCGGAAAUGGUUCCCAGCUCCACAUCGAAUUCUAGUCCUUGAGGGGAUUCAGGAUCCAGGUAACCUAGGAACAUUAGUCAGAUCGGCUGUGGCAUUUAGAUGGGGUGGCAUUUUCCUUCUUCCUGGCUGUUGUGAUCCAUUCAACGACAAAGCGCUCAAAGCGAGUCGAGGAGCCUCCUUUCAGGUCCCUAUAGUUGCAGGCAGUUGGCAAAAUCUUGAAGCUCUCAAAAAUGAAUUCCAAAUGAAAUUGCUUGCUGGCCACCCAGCAAGUAAUGAUGAACUGAAGCCAGUAUCGCAAUUAUCUCAAGGGCUUGCAGAUUCUUUAGCUGAUGUUCCAUUAUGCUUGGUUUUGGGCAGUGAAGGACGUGGCCUUUCAGUGCAAUCUCUGCAAGAAUGCGAGCUUGUAAGCAUACCCAUGGCAAGAAACUAUGAGUCUCUUAAUGUUGCUGUUGCGGGUGGCAUUUUCUUGUACAUGCUUCAGCCUCAAAACCAGAGAAUUUUUUAACCCGAGCUUGAAAUCAAACAUCUUACGAGAAUUCAAUUCAAUUUAUUUCAUUGCUAUCAA